AUGAUGUCGAUGGAGGAUGAAGCGGUAUCUUCGAGUUUACCAGUUGAAAUCAGAAUAUUUAAGCCAUUUGAUGAAGUUAAAAGGCUUCUCCUUAGAAAGAAGAAAUAUCAGAAAAUGCGAUACAUACAGCUGAAGCGUUGGAAGGCGGAAUUUGAGGAACGAAAUGUUCUUGUUGAGCACUGUGUACGUACUGAUUACAAAUUGAGAGAAGCAAAGGCUCAGUUAAAUUCUUUGAAUGAAUUAAUGCAUGCCUUUGAUAAUGACAUGGACAGACUUAAGGAAGCUAUAGUGCAACAAAGAGAGAAAGACCAAAGCGAGUUUGUGAAGAGAGUAGCGGAUCUUUUGUAUCACAAAGAAAUUGUCGCUUGGUUACAGAAACCGGAAAUAAGAGAAGCGCUUUAUGGUGAAAUCAAUGAAACUCGGAUAUUGGAUGAGCAGGAAGUAGAGCUUCUGAAUUUAGUACAAGAAAUAAUUAAUCCAAGGAUAACUUGGCAUACAUAUGAGGAAAUUUGGAAACAUAUGUUGCAAGAUUUUGCCAAAUUAGGGACGAAAGUGAUAAACAGUGAGAAUGAAAUGACUACUGUUCAUUCAAAUGUUUGCAAAGAUGAUAUCCAACUUCAAUCCGUAGAGGAAAUACGUGAAGCGAAUGUUCAACUUAAAACCGAAAUACCAGAUAUGAAGGAAGUAGCUGAAACGGAUGUCCGAUUUGAACUGGAAAUGUCGAACGUGAAGGAAAUAGCCGAGGGAAAAUCUUCACUGAUACACGCAAUAGAUAGCCUAACUAUGAAUAACUCGUGCUAUUCCUAUGUUCCAACAAUUUGCGUAGGAAUGCUUAUUGUCAUA